GCGCGGACAGAGCUGUGGCGCAGGAGGAGGAGGAGGAGAGGUGCAACGGGAGGACAAGCUGCCUGAAAACCCGGAGCAAAACGCGAGAGACCACGAGAGAGGGAGGGAGAACAAAACGGAGAGAGACCACUGAGGGGAGAGAAGUCAUUUGGAGCAGCGAGAGGGAGAAAGCUGGAUGAAACUGACAAGGACACGGAGGGAAGAGAGCGCACAGAGAAGCCCGUCCUGACGGAGCAGAGAAGCGGGGGAGUGCGUGCACAAAGUGGAAAAGAAGACAAGAAGGAGGAGGAAGAAGAGAGGGAGCCUGACAGGAGGUCGAGCUUACGGGGCUUGACUGACACAUUUGCAAAGAGAAGGAGGAGGAGCGUGAGGGCAAGUUGAUGGAUUUGAUUUGGUGAGUGUAUUUUUAGAAGGAGGACUGAAGACAAGAGAGAAAUAUUGAAACUAGAGAUGCUGCCUUUGAGUGGAGGAAAAAUAAGAGAGAAAUAACAGGAGACAGAGAAAAGAAGAGAGAUGUUGAGAUCAGAGUGUGACAGAACAGAUUAUCUUUGGUCUGGUUUCCCGCAGGAAACCACUGAGAGUGUAUGUCCGUGUGCGUGCAUCAGUGCCUCCUUCUCCAUGUGAAAGUGCAUUGGAGCGUGUCUCUGACUAUAGCUGUGGUGCUGAAAAGGAGGUCGGCCACAAGAUGAAGCCACCCUGUGAUUACCUGCAGGAUCUUCUAACACUGUUUAAAGCCAAGUGGGAGGACAGACAAGGUGCAGAGUGGUGACAUCCCACGGAAGUCGAGGCAUCAGAAGUGAGACUGCAAAGUGGGAGAGAAGAGAAACGAACAGGGGAGACUUUUGUGAAGUCAGUUAAAGCCUCAUACUGAAGAGCGCAAAGGAACUGAGUGCUGCCCCUGGCUGCCGAGCAGCUCUGCAAGACAGUGAAGCCAAAGAACACACAUUUAACUCAAGAGAAGAAAAACCACGGCGCAGGAACAAGGCAAGCCCUCUACUGCCAGACUGCACCCCACCAGCCAGUUUCCUCCACUGUCAUCUCAUUAUUUUAAUUACCUCCCUCUCUUUCAUUUGUCGUUUUUUGUCCUCUCUGCUUAGCCCUUGGUAUUUUGUAUUCUACCCUCCUCGCUCCCUCUCUCUUCCCCCCCUCCUCCUCCUCUUGCCUUUGCUCUCUCUGUCUCAUCCUCUCGUGUUCACUGUCACACUAACUGCGGUGGAUGCUGGAGUCACUCAUGUACAAGCUACCUUCCUUGGAGCACAUUUGCCCAGCUGACUUUUUUUCUCCUCUCACCGUUGAGUUGGAUGAUUGAAGCACUCUCACAUAAAGAGUCCAGGAGAGAUGACCAACAAGUAGCUUUUCAUCAGUGCUCCUGCACCACCAGAAGAAGAGGACUUCAACACACACUGCUUUCGGUGAGGUUAUUUCCUAGUGGGCAUACGCUGGACUGUUUUUACAGUUAAGACCGUAUGGGUCAUUCAUUUUCAUAAGGCCAAACAGAUAUCCUGGUGUGGAUUACAGUAGUGGAUUUAUCCUGGAGCUACAUGUGGGCCCCAGCCCCUGAGGCCUGGCUGGGAAAUGAAGCCUUUCCCGCGGCUGUAGGAGCGCUGUGGGCAGCGAUGGCCCUGGAGGGGCGCUGUCUCCGGCGGGGAUCCCCAGCCAUAAUCAGAAAGGGCUGUCAGCGACAUCCUAAAAGGCCAACUCUGACCCGGGUCACUUCUACUCUGCUGUCAAGGACACGCCUGCAUGGCCUGAGGCACGUUUGUGUCCCUGGUGGCUCAGUAGGCCGCAGGGCCUUCUGGCUGCUGGCCCUCUGCACCUCCCUGGGGCUGCUUUUAUCUUGGUCCUCCAACCGUCUACUUCACUGGCUUUCCUUCCCCACAUACACGCGGAUCCACGCUGAGUGGGCCAAAGAACUGGCCUUCCCCACGGUCACGAUCUGUAACAACAACCCUAUCCGCCUCUACAAGCUCACCAAGAGCGACUUGUAUUUUGCCGGCCACUGGCUGGGCCUGCUGCUGGCUAACCGGACAGUGAGGCCCAUGGUUCUGGACUUGCUUCAGGAGGACCGUCGGGCCUGGUUCAGUAAGCUGUCGGACUUCAGGCUCUUUCUGCCACCCAGAAACUUUGAGGGAACCAACCUGGAGUUUAUGGACAGACUGAGCCACCAACUGGAUGACAUGCUUCUCUCGUGCAAAUACAGAGGAGAGCCCUGCGGAGCUCACAACUUCUCUUCUGUGUUCACCAGAUAUGGGAAGUGCUACGCGUUCAACGCUGCCGAGGAAGGGAAGACGCUCCGCACCACCAUGAAGGGAGGGACAGGAAACGGCCUGGAGAUCAUGCUGGACAUCCAGCAAGAUGAGUAUCUGCCAGUGUGGGGGGAUACAGAGGAUACAGCCUUCGAGGCAGGUGUGCGGGUGCAGAUCCACAGCCAGGCUGAGCCCCCCUUUGUUCACGAGCUAGGCUUCGGCGUGGCCCCCGGAUUCCAGACUUUUGUCGCCACACAGGAGCAGAGGCUGACCUACCUGCCUCCCCCGUGGGGAGAGUGCGAGUCGAAGGCCCUGGAGUCUGGCUUUUUCCAGGUCUACAGUGUAACCGCCUGCAGGAUUGACUGUGAAACCCGCUACAUUGUGGAGAACUGCAACUGCAGGAUGGUGCACAUGCCCGGUAAUGCUCCAUACUGCACGCCUGAACAGUACAAAGACUGUGCUGAGCCUGCCCUUGCUAAACUGUCGGCCGUGGAGAGCAGUAACUGCUUGUGUAGGACGCCGUGCAACAUGACCCGCUACAACAAAGAGCUGUCCAUGGUCAAAAUCCCCAGCAAGACCUCGGCCCGCUACCUGCAGAAGAAGUUUAACAAGACGGAGAAGUACAUCACAGACAACAUCUUGGUGCUGGACGUGUUCUUUGAGGCUCUGAACUACGAGACCAUCGAGCAGAAGAAAGCCUAUGAGGUUGCAGGCUUGCUGGGUGACAUUGGAGGUCAGAUGGGUCUGUUCAUUGGAGCCAGCAUCCUCACCAUCCUAGAGCUGUUCGACUAUGCUUAUGAGGUGGUAAAGGAAAGACUACUGGAGCUACUGAGUCGGGAUGAGGAGGAGGAGAGUCAUGCGGAGGAUGUGAGUUCCUGUGACGCGGUGGCAAACCACUCAGAGUCCAUCAGCCACACUGUGACGGUCCCGCUGCAGACGACGCUGGGCACCCUGGAGGAGAUUGCCUGCUGAGGCCCUCCCCCUCCCCCCCAGAGCCACACAUCCAGAGGCUGCCCCCACUGGGUGGCGCUGCAUCCUCGCUUAGGGCACUAUGCAGGGACCUAACAGGGGAGGGGAAGAGACAAAUACAAGAACAGGGGUUGGUCUGGGGACGCCGCUGUGCUCUGUCACACCAACCUGUCUGAGGCACUAAUGGGGAUUAAGGAGCUGUUGGCUGGACUUAUCAGCCCUCUCUGUCACCCUGUACUGGGCUGUAGUGGGAGGGUGGCCUCCACUAUGCCAGACCUGCAUGUGGUCUGAGUCUCAACAUACACGCACACAGAAAAUCACAGACUUGGUGGGGGACCUGCCCAAAAGAGGGCCCAUCCCUGUGCAGCAUAUCUGUGUAACACAUUCAUAUGUUGCUCAAUGCCAAAUGAACUGUACAAAGUUGGAUUGGAACUGUCCAAAAUGCAUGCGUCGAUCUACCUUGCUCUCUUUGCUGAUGCAUACGCUGGACUGCAGUGUUGCUUUACUGUACAUGUGUGCCAUUUGUCCCUCUGUCUGCAGGACAGGCUCGCGAAACGGGCCCUGGUCAGGCAUCAUCCUUCGAAUGUACAGAUUGAACACAUGGUUGUUUAAAAUCAAAGCUCAGAGGUGACAGCGCCGUCUCUGAAAAUCGAUUCUGAGGAACACGUUUCUUACUCUGCCAUCUUGGGUUAGAAGGGACGUUUGAGGUCAGAGUGUAACUGAGGAAUAAAACACUAUCGUUUUGCUUUAUUUACUGUAGAUUGAACCAUGAACAUUUUUGCAGCCUGAAUUUUUGCUUCUUUUUUUUCCACCUGUCUGUUUCAGUUAAAUCAGUUUACUGAAGGCAUGUUUGCUACAUGACUCAUUGGGUGUAAAGCUGCUCUACAGACACCUUUAAAGGAUGUCAUGCUUUCACUGUCAAUUUAUGUGAAUAAAUGACUUGUGGCUGCUGCCCCUCGCCACAGCAGCCAGCUGACAGACCCUGUCCACGCCUGGCAUUAGCAUGCGUCACCAGUGACCACUUGUGAACAGAUCCCAGUCGAACACCUCUCUAUAUGCAAAUAAACACGUAUAUCAUUGCUGUAUAUGUUUCGCCAGUCUGACUAUGACAGACAGGUCUGAUGUCAAUGUGUUUGUGUGUGUUUGUGUGUGUGUAUGAGAGAAUGUGGUGUAUGUGUUUGUGUUACAAAUUUAAAUACAAAAAAUCACUAUGUUGGGGGUCAAUGUAAAUGGCCACUAAUAAAUCAAUGUAUAGGAAACCUAGUCAGUUGAGUAGUUGGUCCUUCAAUGUGGCCCAGGACACAAUUGUGUUGACGCUGCAAAAAGAAUGUGGUCACAGGUGUCCCAGACCACUUCCGAAUGGGAUCUGAGUGAUUGGUUCUCAAACGUGUCCUCAAUUAAUCUAAGGUGGGUUCACACCUAUAACUUAGAGCUGUCCACUUGUGAUCAGUUCACCCGCUCCUGAGACGGACGUUAAUGCCAGGUCUGGACAGGGCACUGAAGUAGAAUCUGAAUUUAUUUGCUGGCCAGACAGAGGUAGUAAAUUAAUGUAUGCAGGUUGUCAUAAACACAUUAUUUUAUUAAGAGAAUGUCAGGGUGAUGUUUCAGACAGCUACUAUAAUUUUUAUCAAGGAUGGCAAAAAAAAUUCUCAGCCAAAAAUAACAACCUCCCUAGGCUUAAUAAUUAAAAAAAAUAUAUAUAAAAAAGCACUACGAGGAAGGUUCAGCCAGGAAACCUUGUUUUGUUUAUUUUAUUUUAAGAUACGGGAUCUGCUGUGUAGCGGUGUAAAUAUCUGUGUUUUUUCUCUCUCAUGAAAGCGGGUACCACGCAGACAUACCUGAAUGCCAAUUUUAAAGAACGUUGGUAAAACAUCAUCUCCGUGGCUGGAAGGGACGACUCAUCUGUCACAUGUUGUCAUACUGUUACUCAAUCUGCGACUCUCAGUGGGGGGGGGGGGAUGUUGUGUAACGGGCCGUAGCAUUAUGGGGCAGGGCCGGGUCUAGACAGGCAUGUAUGAGGGGGCAGCCACAAAUCUUGAGGGGGCAUUGUGCCUAACCCUAACCCUAACCCUAUUUAGUUUGAGGGGGCACAACAUUUAUUUGAGGGGGCCAGGCCCCCUCUUGCCCCUGCCUAGACCCGGCCCUGGGGUAUAGUUGAAUGUCAUGCUAAAAUUGAAGUACACACUCUGCUAAGAGCACCGGGCAUAUUUUUCAAUGCAGGUCUAGCUCAACCUUCACUGUCCUCAGAAACAACAGUUACAUGUAUAUAUAUAUACUGUAUGGCUUUACACCAAAAGCUAGUGUGAGACCAUUUUGGACGAUUAAGUGUUAUCUGAGUUUUCUGUUUCUAGUCCAUGAUCAUCCUCGCAUGGUCUCUGUCAUCUUGGUAAUGUAAUUACAGGUAGGAAUGAAUUCAAGUGCUUUGUGAGACUGUUUGGAUCAUGAUUUCCCAUCUGUGACUCAGCCUGCUGUCUCUGUGUAUUAUCUCAUGUUGUGGCUUCAGACAAACAGGAUCCUCAGCCAACCUGCAGAGGUGUGAGACAAGCGCGUCUCCUUUCUCUCGGCGGCAGAAACUCUGGCUGUUUCUUCUCUCUACUUUGGCUUCAAUUGUUAUCGCAGAACAGCAUUUUCUCAUUGUGUGAUGCAGCAUUCAGUGUGUGUUUUUAAUGUGAAACAAUUAAAUGAAAAAAGUUGUUUUGCA